AUGGCCACCACCCUGGAACAAGCCCUGGCCUCCAGCAUUGCCACCUUCCACGAGCGCUCGGGGAAAGAGGGUGACAAGUACCAGCGGAGAAAGGGCGAGCUGAAGGAGCUGCCCAGCUUCAUGGGGGAACAACUGGAUGAGCGGAGCUUCUGGGUGCUGCUGAAGGACCUGGAGGACAAGGACAACAUGAUGGACUUCAAGGAGUACGUGGUCCUCCUGGGCUGCCUCACCAUGCUCUGCAACAACUUCUGUGCUAAGGCUUGUGGCCCUGCCAGCCGGCAUCGAGCCCCAGCCCAUGGCUCGAAUAAAACUGCUGUCACCUUCCCAGCCCCACUGCAGAGCCUGUUCGUUUGCACUGGGGUCACUGGCAUGGGAGUGCUUGGGACCAUCUGUCUUGGGGAGACCAAGGCCACCCAGAAAGCUGGCGGUGUGGGGGACAGUACAGUGAUGAGGGUGGGGACGGACGUGGGCUGGUGA